CCGCGCUCCACCAAUGAUGCCAGUCUCUUUCUCUCUCUUUCAAUAAAAAAAGAAAAAAAAAGGUUACCCCCUCCGUUAACGACAGCAGCAAUGGCCAACUCCGCGACUUCCCCGACCAACAGCCCGGCCCCCGCCGCCAGUGCCGCUCCGGCCGCAGCUACGUCGACGGCCUCGACCUCUGCCGCCUCGUCGGCUACAGGCGCUGCGCAGCCGUUCCACACGGCGUCGCUUUACGUGGGGGAUAUCCACCCGGACGUGACGGAGGCGUUGCUGUUCGAGAUCUUCAACGCCGUCGGCCCGGUUGCCAGCAUCCGCGUGUGCCGCGACGCUGUGACUCGCCGCUCGCUGGGCUACGCGUACGUGAAUUUCCACAACGUGGCCGACGCUGAGCGCGCCCUGGACACGAUGAACUUCACGAGCAUCAAGGGCGUUCCGUGCCGCAUCAUGUGGUCGCAGCGCGACCCGUCCCUGCGUAAGUCAGGCGUAGGCAACAUCUUCGUCAAGAACCUGGACACGUCUAUCGACAACAAGGCGCUGUACGACACGUUUUCGCUGUUUGGCAACAUUCUUAGCUGCAAGGUGGCUAUUGAACACACGACGGGCAACAGCAAGGGUUACGGAUACGUGCACUAUGAGACGGCCGAGGCGGCCACGGAGGCCAUUGCCAAGAUUAACGGCAUGCUAAUUGCUGGCACGGAGGUCUUUGUUGGCCAAUUCCAGAAGCGUCAGGACCGCCCGGACGCCGACGACUGGACCAACUGCUACGUUAAGAACAUCCCUACUCAGUGGACGGACGCGGAUCUGCUGAAGGAGUUCGAGCCUUUUGGAAAGGUGCUCAGCGCUGUCGUCAUGAAGGACAACGCCAACCCGGACCACAACCGUGGCUUCGGCUUCGUGAACUAUGAGGAGUCAGACGCCGCCCACAAGGCCGUGGACGCUCUGAACGGCAAGUCGUACCCUGCUGGUGAGGGCUUGGACACCGAGAUGUAUGUCGGUAAGGCCCAGAAGCGCUCGGAGCGUGAGCGUGAGCUGCGCAACAAGUUCGAGCAGCUCAAGAUGGAGCGUAUUAACAAGUACCAGGGCGUCAACCUGUACGUCAAGAACUUGGACGACCAGCUGUCCGACGAUGAGCUCCGUGAGGCUUUCGCUGAGUGCGGCACUAUUACCUCGUCGCGUGUGAUGCGUGACCCCAAUGGAAACUCGCGUGGCUUCGGCUUCGUGUGCUUCUCGACCCCCGAGGAGGCCAACAAGGCUGUGGCCGAGAUGAACGGCAAGUUGAUCUCUGGAAAGCCUGUGUACGUGGCUCUUGCCCAGCGCAAGGAGGUGCGUCGUGCUCAGCUUGAGGCUCAGCACGCCCAGCAGCGCGCUGGUAUGGUUGUGGGCCGUGGUAUGCCUAUGGGCCAGCCGCCCAUGUACGGUGCUGCCCCCAUGUUCUACGGCCAGCCAGGCCAGCUCCCGCCUCAGGCUCGUCAGGGGUUCAUGUACCCGCAGCAGAUGAUGCCGCGUGGUGUCCAGCGUGGCCCCAUGCCAUACGGUGCUCGUGUGCCUGGCGCUCCGGCUCCGGGUGGCUACCCGAUGCCUGGCUACGGCAUGCCCAUGCAGCAGCAGCGUGGCCAGCCGCGUCGUGGCCGUCAGGGCCCCGGCCCGCAGGGUCCUCAGGGCGCUCCGGCCAACCGCCGCAACUUCAAGUACACGGCUAACGCCCGCAACCACCCGGCCCGCGAUGUGCCGCCUCAGGGCGUGAUGCCGCCGGCCGCGCCCGUGCAGAACGCUGGCCCGGAGCCGCUGACGUCGGCCGCCCUGGCUGCCGCCUCGCCUGAGAUUCAGAAGAACAUGAUCGGUGAGCGUCUGUACCCGUUGAUCCACCGCCAGCAGCCUGAGCUGGCCGGCAAGAUCACGGGUAUGCUGCUGGAGAUGGACAACGGUGAGCUGCUGCACUUGCUGGAGAGCCCGGAGGCUCUGGAGGCCAAGAUCCAGGAGGCUAUGACCGUGCUGGAGGCCCACCAGGGCUAAGUCUUUCGGUUUUUCGCGGGCGUCUUGUGGUGUUCGUGUGUUUGGCCAUGCAUGAAUAUGGUGAGGCGGCAGCGGGCUUCCUGAGCUGCGGCUGGGAAGUAGAGAAGGAGAAGUUCGGGGAGCUGCGGCUCCUGCUUUUUGUGUCGUUGGUGUUGGGUCGUCCUUUGCUUUGAUUGGUUUGGUGGAGAGGAAUACACAAAGAAAAAAUGCUCAAGAUCACGGGGAAGACACAAUUGGUGGGGGUCGUAGCUAAUCGAAAACAUGAGAAGAGAUGAUCACAA